AUGUCUGUGGCAUCGCUUGUCCAUUGGAGGAUCAUCAGUAACCUAUUGCAGCUUCUAUUGCCUGCUGGACAAAUAGAUGUCAUAUCCACCAUGCAGGAGCUAACCUAUUCUCCAGUGAUUCCUUCGGAUAUGUUUAGCCAGGUUGGGUUGCGCUUUGGGGAUUCACAUUUUCACCUAGAUAUUCUCUUAUCCAGAACUACGGUCAGCGAUUUUGGCGUCUUGGAGGCAAUGUAUGGGGAAUAUGAAUUUCAGUUGGAUGUAGCAAUUGCCAAUUAUGUCUUUCCUGAUCAUUGGGAGUGUUUCCGGGAGCAAGCAAACGACCUACGGAUCUACCUCACCUUCGGCAUUCAUCCACAUGUCACAAGCAUGGAAUAUUCAACAGUGCAAUUGCAUGAACUUCUGCGUGAGCCAGGUUGUGUACGACUAGGAGAGGUUGGGUUGGAUUUUACCACCUCUUGCUGUUGCAACCCUAGAUGUCGCAGUUCAAAAGCCUGUAAGAGGGAGAAACUAGCUCACCAGCGGGCAUUUCCAAGGAAGGUUCUACCUAUAGCUAAGGAGAUGGAUCUCACAUUAGUAGUUCAUUGCCGGGACCCCAACACGGGAUGUGCCGCAAGGGAAUUUCUUUCCAUUUUGGAAGACUUGCACUUAACUGACCUUAGGAUCCACAGACACUGUUUCACCGGGAAUGCAGUAGAGGCCAUGACCUGGAUACCCAGAUUACCUAAUGUCAAAUUCGGGUUCACCUCUAACCUCUUAAGACUUUCUGGGGCAGCAGAUGUCCUUUGUGCUAUUCCUAUGUCUAAUGUACUCCUAGAGUCGGAUGCUCCAUACUUGCCACCAACCUCUCGUGGGAACACUAACACACCAUGGGCCCUCUUACCAGUUGCAAGAAGAAUUGCCGAGCUAAAGGGAGUCGGGUUGUCUGAUGUUCUGGCGCAUGCUCUUCAUAUUUGA